CAUACUGCGGUCCGUACUGUAUCUGUCAACUGAUAUCACUAUCAUGCUAAGUUAUGAGGAAGUUUCACGUAAACUUUAUAGUAAUUUAAACUAUAAACAUAUUUAGCAUUUUAGGUAUAUUUCAACAUAGCUUAUGAAAUAUUUUGCCAAAUAUAGUGUGUGUCUUAUGAGGACAAAAUGAAUUGGGUCGGCGGUUCAAGAAACCGGUUUAUGAUGAGAAAUGACAUGAAGAAGCAGAGGGAGUUCUUUGAAAAGAAGAAAAUCCAGAGAAAGAUGAAAACAUUAGGAAUAGCAACUUCACCUGAAGGAGCCAGCAGUGGGAGUAUGGACCUUGUGAAUUUAUUCAUUGUAAACCAGAUUGCUAUAAAGAAAGAGAACAAAGGUGAGUUCAUAUAUCUAUACCUUAUAGAUCAAUACUUAUCACAUUUAAAAAGGACCCCACCCUUAAUAAUAACUUGGCAUGUUCCAGAUCAGACAAAUAUAACUCACAUCACUGACGAAAGAGGAGCAAAGACGAUGAGAGUGAGGACUCUAGAGCUACCCAUGAGCCCUUGCUCUCCUUCAAAGCUUUGUCUUGUGGAGAGCCAGCCUCUGUAUAGUGUCCAGGCUGCUAGAAAGAGAAAGCACUGCAUUCCUGAUGGAUUCAAGCACUGCAUUCCUGAUGGAUUCAAGGGUAGACAGCUCUCACCAGUUCUGGAGUCCAACAUGUCCGACACCAGUGGCUUAGACUACCAGCACCAAUCCCAGGACACCCUGAGUCCUUUCUCAUCAGCCUUGUCAUUAGUGUCCUCCUCAGGGCCAGGCCUGUCCUCCCUGCAGCAGAGAGCACAGAUUCAGCCACACUGUUCCCCCUUACCCUGGGACAACCGUACCUUAGAUGAAGCACAGUUUAGACCUUUCUCUCAGCCAGGAGGGAGAGAGUGUGCCUCAUGGGCCAGAGGAUUCAAUGCAUCCCAAUAUCAACUGAGCACCUGCUCAGUCCCCAGAGGACUGUUUGGAACAGAGCCUGCUCUCCCAGGGAGCAGAGACCAUGUCCUUAACUCAAUGGAGUUCUCUAUCAAACCAGUGGAGGGAAGACACCACGCUGUGGAUUUCUCUCUCAGAGAUCAGACAAUAGAUUCCUCUUUCAACCAAUCAGACAGCGAGGAGCGACAUGAAGAAGCACUCUGGGACAUCAGUAAUGAGAAAUAUGGAAGUGAAGCAGUUCAUUUUAAGAAGGGGAAGCCUAAAAUAUAUCUAAAGGAGGGAGUACCGACAACGUCUUUCAGAGAAGUGAAUGAAUCACAGAGAAGAGGUCCUGAACUGAUUCAGGUUUCCAACAGUGCCAUCAGCUCACCUUGUCCUGGACCCAGUCGUUGUGGUUCUGUUGAAUGCUGUGAAUCACCGGCCAGUUAUUCUAAGAGAGGACAUCAUGUCAGUUCAGACUGUGAUGAGGAGAAGAAUGGCCGCCAGCAUAACCAGGGUAGCUCCACGCAGCCACACCAAGAUAGGACCCAGAGUGAAUGGACACCCAUCCUCAACCAGGCACCGUGGAGCUCCUCUGAGAGACUGUCAGUCUGCUCAGUUACAGAAGACUGUGACGGCCAGGCUAAGGUUAUGGAUGAUCAGUAUGUCCCGUCGCAUCCUCUUCAUGAACCACAAAGUUCUGAUGGUAACCAAGACAAGACGACAGCAGUCGGAAAACAAGAAGCACAAACACAGGAAAAGGGGACGCAAACUGUCACCGAUGUCACCUCAAAAUGUCCAACAUCGGACGUUUCCACUCAGUGUUGUUUUGGAGCAGAGUGUAAAGCGAACGUCCUCAUGGUCAAUGAAUCAAUGAACACAACAGUUUACAGUGUAAUACCAACUCCGACAACCGGAGGGCAUGCAAGUGCCAGAGAUGAGUCUAUGAGACCACAAACACUCAGCGCGUCAUCAGACACUUUCGGGAGCGCGGGAGAAGAGCACACGCCCUGGACAGAAUCGACAGCCAGAGAGCUCAAGGCUGGACCUGGACACCAUCCAUCACUUAUCCCUUUAGACAAGCACUGUCACACCAACACAGAGAGUACAGUGGGUAUUCACAGACCUACUACGCUCGCGCUAGACACUCUUGUCGUCACCAAAGAUGUACAAGACUUAAGAGGUCUGCAGCAGCAGUAUAAUGCCCUGGGAGAUGAAAGAGGGGUACCGGACUCUGUUGAGAAUGUGCCUUUUAGAGGAGACUUUCCAGAGGAGAGAGAGGUGAGGGUGAGAGGUAGAGCAGAGAAGAGGGAGGAGGUCACGGCUGAAAGCAGAGUUUACAUGCUUUCACAGGAGACUGACACACUUCAGGAAAUAGCAGACAUUCUGCUUAUGCUGAAGCAGAGAAAGAAAGAGUGAACAGUAAACGAGGAGAGGACAGCAGACGAGUGUGUUGGGGAGAAGGAAUGGCGAAGGGAGAAGACGACUGUGGAGGGGGAAAGAGGGGAGGAGUGAGAAAGCGAGAAGAGAGGAGUG